AUGCCAGCGACCGACUAUGAUGCCCGCGCCCUGGCGCUCCCCCUCGACGAUGAAGAGACAGGCAUCACCCCAAUAUGGAGUCGCAGACGCACAUCUUCCUUUCGUCGCACCUCUUCAUAUCAUUCGCAACCAACAUGGCAGCAGCGCGUAAUGGAGAAAUAUACGAAUCUCAGCCGCCGCGUUCGCGACCAGUAUAACAAGUUAUCGCCUGUACAAAAAGUCCUCUUUGUCGUCGUCGGCAUAGUCAUGAGCGUCCUCAGCAUCUUGUUCAUGGUAUAUAACAAGAAGAUAUUUGGAGCGUUGUUGCCGAUUGCGAAGAAAUGGAGGGAUGUCACAGGUGGCUGGUUGAUACUAUGGGUGGCCAUCUUUAUCGUGUCUUUUCCACCGUUGAUCGGAUAUGCUUCUCUCCUUACUAUUACGGGCUUCGUCUACGGAUUCCCUAAAGGUUGGUUCAUAGCCGCUACCGCGACAGUUGCUGGCAGUACAGCCUCCUUCCUCCUCUCACGCUCCCUUCUCAAGAAUAUGGUGCACCGCCUCAUAGCAAACGAUACACGCUUCGCCGCCCUCGCCCUGACCCUCAAGCACGACGGCUUAAAGCUACUCAUCAUGAUCCGCAUGUGUCCCCUCCCAUAUUCGAUCUCCAACGGAGCCAUAGCAACAUUCCCAACCGUACACUGGGCCAGCUUUGCACUAGCUACUGCUAUAGUGACUCCAAAGCUGAUCCUACAUAUCUUCAUUGGCGCGCAGUUGGAAAAGAUUGCCGAGAGCGGGGGCAAGAUGGACCCGCGCACCAAAGCGCUAUCCUACAUCUCAAUCGCCAUCGGGUUAGUAGCGGGCAUAGUGACGGGCUGGUUCAUGUACCGCAAGACGAAGCAACGCGCCGCGCAGCUCGAGGCCGAAGAAAGAGCGGGCAUUCGAAGAGCGAGUAUAGAGGAUCUAGAAAAUGAGUAUGUGGAUGACCCGGAUGCCUUGGAGGCUGCGGAGCGGUUGAGGGAAGAUGAGGACGAUAUUAGUUUGAGGACGACGUGGGAUGAGGAGUAUAUGGAUGAGCCUCCCGAGACGGGCGAUGCCGUAGAGAUCGGGGAUGACCCUUUCAGAGACGGAGACGCAAGUGAUGAGGAGGCCAAAGGGAGGAAAUAG